AGAACGCAAUAAGCUUACAAAUCAUAAACAGCCGUUGGAAAACUAGCAAUACUGACUGGGGAAUACAACGGGGUUUAUUUGAAUCAUGCGCGCGUGUCUGACUCUUAUCGCUUUCGCCUGCUUUGUAGCAUUGGCGCAAAGCGCACCCUUAGCAUGCGUAGAUCCAGGAUGCUACGACCCAUGCAAAAGUACAAACUGUGGCGGAAAUGGUAAAUAUAGCGGAAAAGGUAACUAUGGCAAUGAAGGCAAAGGAGAGGACGGUGAAAGUUUUGUUGGACAUGACGAUGAGGGCUUUAAGGAUGAUAAAGAUGAUGAUUCCAACGGUCAUUAUUCCAACGGUCAUUAUUCCAACGGUGGUGAUUCCAACGGUGGUGAUUCCAACGGUGGUGAUUCUAACGGUCAUUAUUCCAACGGUGGUGAUUCCAACGGUCAUUAUUCCAACGGUGGUGAUUCCAACGGUGGUGAUUCCAAUGGUGGUGAUUCCAACGGUGGUGAUUCCAACGGUCAUUAUUCCAACGGUGGUGAUUCCAACGGUGGUGAUUCCAACGGUCAUUAUUCCAACGGUGGUGAUUCCAACGGUGGUGAUUCCAACGGUCAUGAUUCCAACGGUGGUGAUUCCAACGGUGGUGAUUCCAACGGUGGUGAUUCCAACGGUCAUGAUUCCAACGGUGGUGAUUCCAACGGUGGUGAUUCCAAUGGUGGUGAUUCCAACGGUCAUUAUUCCAACGGUGGUGAUUCCAACGGUCAUUAUUCCAACGGUGGUGAUUCCAACGGUGGUGAUUCCAACGGUCAUUAUUCCAACGGUGGUGAUUCCAACGGUGGUGAUUCCAACGGCCAUUAUUCCAACGGUGGUGAUUCCAACGGUGGUGAUUCCAACGGUCAUUAUUCCAACGGUGGUGAUUCCAACGGUGGUGAUUCCAACGGUGGUGAUUCCAACGGUCAUUAUUCCAACGGUGGUGAUUCCAACGGUGGUGAUUCCAACGGUCAUUAUUCCAACGGUGGUGAUUCCAACGGUGGUGAUUCCAACGGUGGUGAUUCUAACGGUGGUGAUUCCAACGGUGGUGAUUCCAACGGUCAUUAUUCCAACGGUGGUGAUUCCAACGGUGGUGAUUCCAACGGUGGUGAUUCCAACGGUCAUUAUUCCAACGGUGGUGAUUCCAACGGUGGUGAUUCCAACGGUCAUUAUUCCAACGGUGGUGAUUCCAACGGUGGUGAUUCCAACGGUGGUGAUUCCAACGGUCAUGAUUCCAACGGUGGUGAUUCCAACGGUGGUGAUUCCAACGGUGGUGAUUCCAACGGUCAUUAUUCCAACGGUGGUGAUUCCAACGGUGGUGAUUCCAACGGUCAUUAUUCCAACGGUGGUGAUUCCAACGGUGGUGAUUCCAACGGUCAUUAUUCCAACGGUGGUGAUUCCAACGGUGGUGAUUCCAACGGUCAUUAUUCCAACGGUGGUGAUUCCAACGGUGGUGAUUCCAACGGUCAUGGUGGUGAUGUAUCCGACAAUGGCCAUGACUAAUUUUAUGAAUAUUGACUCUGACAGCAGAUAUAAACAUGUUUAUAUAGAUGUUAAGCAGUUUGUUGUACCACCUUCACACUGACAGAUUUUUCUUAUGAGUCCUUACGGAUAUCCGACUCGUGGUCAAUCGCAAGCAUUCGUAAACCACUCGUCGGUAUCCGUUGAUAACUCGUCAGAACUAGCACCCACUCGUAAGGGUCCGUGAAAGUAGGGGCGAAUUUUCACGAUUGUCCACGGAUUUCAUUUCCCGUAAAGAACCCGUAAAUAACUUGUAACAAUACGUAAGAAUCGUAAACUGCUCGUAAGAAUCCGUAAAACACUCGUAAAAAGUUUUUUUUUACGAAUCUUUGCGGUUAGCUUACGAUAUGUUACGGGUAGUUUACAAGUUGUUUACGGAUUAUUACGAAUGCCUAAGUGAUAUCUACGAUUUCAUUCACGUCGGGUUACAAUCGCUUUUCGGAUUGUUCAGAGUCAUUACGAGUACCUUACGUAUAGACACGAUUAAUGUACGAGUACAUACUUAAACUUUACGAUUAAGGAAAGGUAUAAAAGACGCAAAAUCUGACAGAUUCUUCCAGUUGUUAUCAAGAUAUCAAAAAAAGGUUACAUAUAAAUGUCAGUUGUCGAAAGAUGUUACAAAGCCAAUUGCGAACACUUUUGAGUCAAAAACGUAAACAAUCGUAACUAACUUCUAACUAUUCGUAACAGCACGUUAUCAACACGUUAACAGGUCGUGAUUUACACGUUAAAGCUAAGCUAAAUAAUAAAUUUCCGUAAUAUACUCGUAACAAUCCCUAAAAAGCUCGCAAAAUAUCGUAAAUUGCUCGUAUUCAGCCGUGUUCAUUCGGAACAAUCGUAAAUGUUUGCCGUAAAUGCAUCGCAAGAACUCGUGAUAAACCGUAAGAAAAAUCUGUGAAUGUGAAGGUACCAUUAGCAAACUUGAAUUUUUAACGGUUGAUAAAAAUAGCUUCGAAAUAUCUCAACAUUUAGUUAUAACUUUAGAUUCCCUUGCCUUUGGGUUUUAAUGGUGCUUUCAAGUUAGAUUCACAGUGCGGGGCUGUCGCACCCCUCUACACAAUGAAUUCUAUUACAAAAGAAAGUAUACGCAAAUGUUUUGUAUAUUGAAUAUUCAUAUCAUUGCGAAAUUUCACGCGAUGUGAUGUCAUAAGUCUGAUAUUGUCAAAAGAUCGAAGUAGGAACGAAAUUCGCUACAUUCGACAUAGAGAUCGGUGAAAUUGACUUUUAGAAUUUCAAAAUGAUUUGGAUGACAUUGCGUUAUCUGAAUGAAAAAAAAUUCGGAUGAGGGGUUGGGCACAAUAAGUAUUUCGCAGACUUUAGAUAUACAACACGUGCUUUUAGCAGGUGAGAAUCAUUGCUUGCAUUUGAAUUCAAUUGAACACGUCGAUUUUGCUUAAUUUAUUUCUAUGUUGCGUUUCUUAUGUUUUCACCUUUGAAUAAAUGGUACAAAAGUGUU